AUGAGCGACUCCACAUCUAUCACCGACAACAGCUCUAUCACGGCGGAACCCGAUGUGGUUCAGAUCGUGCCAGACGGCAAUGUCCUACUGGACGUAACGUUUGAAACUUCUAGGGCAGUGCUCAGGGCGGCAAGGAGAGCGUCCAAGUCUAGGCCCGGCUUGCAGGUCGUGUCGCCAACCUUUAAGCCCAAGGUCAGGCUCAGAUACAGGGUCCGACUCGAGGUUCUCAAGCAGCACUCCAAGUAUUUCUUCAACCUCCUUGGAGAUACUAGGUUUUCCGAGGGCAAGUCCAUAGCGGACGCCUUUGCGAGGCUAGCCCUGCGCCAUGUGAAUCCAUCCGACGCCGAAGCCAAGGACCUACCCGUCGUCCAAAUCCACGAGGACGACGAAGCCACCAAAACGGCCGGCCAAGAGGCUGCCUUUGAAGGCUUGUUGAGGGUUCUCCAUGCCAAGGAUGUCACCACAAAGCCCGUGACGAUGCAAUAUCUGGCAACGCUAGCUAUUCUGGCUGACCGUUUCGACUGCGCGCUGCCUGUGUCAAAGUACUUGAUCCACAGUCUGAAAUACAAGUGGCCAGCAACCCAGACGCGGCUGUCGAGGGACGACGGCCCAGCUCUUACUCGGGCUGCAGAAGAAACGCUCCGCCAAAAGAUACUUGUGUCCUGGCUGCUCGAUCAACCGCUGAAAAUGCCUGCUGCUACUCGUGAACUCAUAAUGUACGGCUCGAGAAAAUGGAGUGCUCUGCACGACGACGAGGAAGCGGCCGACGGCGCAAUGUGGUGGGAUCUCCCGGAUGGGCUUGAACACGAACUACAAUAUCGGCGCCAGUGCAUUGUAAACACCAUCGCGUCUUCCCUGCGCCACUUCCUCCAGCUGUACUCGUCUCGCGUACGGCAAUGUAAACUCGGAUAUGACUCCAGUGCCAACUGCGACUCGUACCAGCUCGGGGAGAUGAUCAAGUUCCUCUUCAGCCGCGACAUGCUGUCCCUCGUCGACUUCUCGUCCAACUCGUUCGGCGGCGAGCGGGACCACGCCACCGACGACCUGGGCCACAUAAUCGCGACGCUGAAGCAGUGCCCCAGCUACCAGAUCGACAAGAACCACACCAAUUGCGGCCUCCGGACCCGCAUCAUACCCAUUCUCGACUAUAUCCAGGCCAUGCUCUCGUCUAACAUAGUGCCCAUCGCGAGGCAUGUCUGGAAAAAUGACAGGGACUCGGCGUCCUGGCUGCGCGGCAGUGAAAACGACCAAGAGCCACCUGCCGUCGGCACCGGCGGGGGUGACCAGCGGCUUCGGUACGAAGGGGCGCUGGCAUCGGACCGGGCCGCCCGGGCAUUGUUCACGGCAGAUCGCUGGGACUGGACUCCCGAAUAUUAA